UUUUUUAUAACUUUUGUUAUUAUGCUUUCAGAUAAAGCUGAAAGGCUUUUAGCUGAAGCAGCCUCAUAUGGUUCCCAGCUUGUUGUGUUUCCCGAAGCAUUUAUAGGUGGUUAUCCGCGCGGAUCAAAUUUUGGUGUUACCAUUGGUAACCGUACAGCCAAGGGUAAGGAGGAGUUUCGGAAAUAUCAUGCUGCAGCUAUUGAUGUUCCAGGUCCUGAAGUUGAUCGUUUGGCAGCUAUGGCUGGAAAAUAUAAAGUUUUUUUAGUGAUGGGCGUUAUUGAGAGAGAUGGAUACACACUCUACUGUACAGUUCUGUUUUUCGAUUCUCAAGGUCGUUACCUUGGAAAACAUAGGAAGAUAAUGCCAACUGCAUUGGAACGUAUAAUUUGGGGAUUUGGAGAUGGAUCGACAAUUCCUGUUUUCGAGACACCAGUUGGGAAAAUCGGGGCUGCAAUAUGCUGGGAAAACAGAAUGCCACUUCUAAGGACAGCAAUGUAUGCUAAAGGCAUCGAAAUAUAUUGUGCACCUACUGCUGACUCGAGAGACGUGUGGCAAGCAUCGAUGACCCACAUUGCUCUUGAGGGUGGGUGUUUUGUUUUAUCUGCAAAUCAGUUCUGCCGAAGGAAAGAUUACCCACCUCCUCCUGAGUAUGUUUUUUCUGGCACGGAAGAAGAUCUCUCACCGGAUUCCAUUGUUUGUCCCGGUGGCAGCGUCAUCAUAUCACCAUCAGGAACUGUUCUGGCAGGCCCAAAUUAUGAAGGCGAAGCUCUUAUCUCUGCUGAUUUAGAUCUUGGGGAAAUUGCUCGUGCGAAGUUCGAUUUUGACGUGGUUGGGCAUUAUUCACGACCUGAAGUCCUCAGCCUUGUCGUAAAGGAUCAUCCCAUGAGUCCAGUAUCUUUCACUUCAGCAUCGGGAAAGGCAGAAAGCCCUCGUAUUUGACAAAGCUUUGUUGAGUGAAAUGGUGACAGC